UUACCGCUUUCUGCAGCGAAAGUGUCCGGAUUGCUGGAAACCUUGGUUUCAAUGAAGUGAAUUGAAGACGCGAGAGAGAGAAGAGGGGAAAACAUUCCAGAGCCGGCGUUACGUUCUCCCGAGAGAGAGAGAGAGAGGGGACGGAGAGUGAGAAUAUCGGAGCUGCAGCUUUUGAACCAGGCGGAUCUGACACAGAGAGACCUUGACAGAACACCGUACCCAGCUCUCUCUCUCUGACAGGGAGUCAAUGUAGAGCGGUCCUUAAAGCCCCCCCGCACCAUCCUCCGGCCGAAGGAGCAGUCCAGGAGCAGACGGACACACAGACAGAGGGAGGAGACAGGAUUAGAUACAAUCCGGGCCAGUUCGACAUACCUCUCCCUGCGGCUCCCUCUCGCUCUCUCCCUCUCUCUCCCCUGGACAGUGCUUGUUCUGUGACCUGACUGCGUUUCCUUUCACGGUUAUUUUUUUCUCUCUCUCUCUCAACUCCAAGUUCCCGGAGAUUCCUUGCUGUCCGCCCCCAUCUCUGACGGGCGAGCCCCAGUUAAUGUAGCCCCUUCACCAACGGUCUGCCAGCCUUCGGGAUUAAAUCCGGAUUCAAUCCGCUCCAGGGAGUCGCUUUGCAGACGAUAGGAGUACACACUGUGUGUGUGUGUUUUUUUGUUAUCCCCCAUCUCUUUCACUGACAAUUAAAUCAUCCAGUUAACAAGAACCUGCGACAAACGAGAUUGAGGAUGCGGCUCCUGUCCCCACGCCUCAGCUAUCUGUGCCUGCAACUGCUGAUCUUCUGUUUCCAAGCUCAGGUAACCUCUCAGUCACCGCCUAAUUUUACACAGCACGUUAGGGAGCAGACCAGGCAGACGGACCGGCUGAGCAGGAGGUUAAUCCGCACCUACCAACUCUACAGCCGUACCAGCGGAAAACAUGUGCAGGUCCUGGGCAAGAAAAUCAACGCGAAAGCAGAGGAUGGAGAUAAGUACGCCAAACUGAUUGUGGAGACAGAUACCUUCGGGAGCAGAGUCCGCAUUAAGGGAGCCGAGUCCGGGUUUUACAUCUGUAUGAACAAGCGAGGAAAACUGAUCGGCAAGCGAAGCGGGAAGAGCAAGGAUUGUGUCUUCACUGAAAUUGUGCUGGAGAACAACUACACGGCUCUGCAGAACGCCAAGUACGAAGGAUGGUUCAUGGCUUUCACCCGGAAAGGGAGACCCAGGAAAGGGUCGAAGACCAGGCAGCACCAGAGGGAGGUGCAUUUCAUGAAGAGAUUACCCAAGGGUCACCUGUCCUCUUUGGACAGCCACAGACACUUCGAGUUCAUCAACUACCCUUUCUCGAGCAGGACUAAACGCACCAGACACUCCAGGCCUCGGUAGAAGCAGCCACCGUCCCCAAGGUCACCACUCUCUCCAGUGACCUUUACUGCAGAUAAUGGAUGAACCCACUCUGUCUUUUCUUUAAAAUAAAUGAGAUGCUUUAUUUUUCUAUUCAACUCCAACUGAUGAGACUACAUCACCAGGCGUUUGGGAAAAUAAUUCAGUCUGAAGUAAAGUUUAAAUAGUUUUCAGAACAAGAGAAGGACAGGAACACACAAGGAUUCUGUGACAGGGAAAGGGAAAUCCUUCCAAACCUGAGCUGCUGGACUGUUCGAUUCCUAAGUUGAGAUGAGAGCCUGAGACUGGUUUAUUGUUGUAUAUAAAUGAGUUAGCUAGCUAGAGUGGAAGGAUGGAAGAUUUACUUUUAUUCUCCCAUGGUCCUCUUGAAAUGCUGCUUUUGAUACGUCUUCACUUAAGUGUGAUGUCCUGAGGAAUGAAUUACCAAGAUAUUUACAAAACAAAAUCUGCUGGACUUGAGUUUAGCCCUCAGUUCUGUCCCUUGGUAUUGUUACAAGUCAUUCGUUGUCCAACUGCAUUCUCUGAAUCUUAGAACAGACAUACACACUGCAAACAAUUAUAACCUCAAACUGUCUUAAUAUUUCUCCAUUUUCUUUCUUACCUAUUUUAGUA